UCAAGUUGUACUAGAGAUUCCAUCCCGUUGGUGUACUGAGUGAUUCUGAAUCUUUCGUCAAAACCAUCCAUCCGACCAUCUAUUCAUUCGUUUCGACGUCCCGAGCGCUGCGCCUCCCUACGCCUCCCCGUCUCAACAGGCAAGCGGACAUGACUGACAGCUGCAGCAGGCGUGACUGAACGACUUCCUCUUUGCUGUGUGUGUCCCUUGGCUUGUAUUUUGUCCGUCUGGGAUGAGUGCAGAGAUGAUUGGUCGUUCUGCCUGUCUCGCCCUGUGUGUGGCCGUCGGUGCCAUCGCCCUGUGUGUGACGGCCACCAGUACGCGUCGCCAGCACAUCGACACAGCUUUGCACCAGCACGGUGAGAAAUCGCAGCUUUCACAACGGCACGCAUGCGUGAAUCAAUGAGCAUUGCAAUGUGCAGUUACCUCUGCUGGGCUGUCGGCACUUCUGAAGCGACACGCCGGUAAGUAAGUGACUGGACAGAACGGAGCCUCGCACAUACAUACGGUCCCCCCAUCCAGCUGCACACAUUGACAUGUCCCCUCCCCUUCCUCCGUCCCUUUGUCAAAUCCAGCCCCGAAGGCGAUGGUCUCCCACGCCCAGCAAGACGCCGUUACAGGGGCCCCUUCCCACCAGCUGUACCAGGCCGCCCAGCAGCUGAGCCAGGCGGCCGACAAGUUCACCCUGACGGCCAAGGAGGCGGCCAAGCAGCUCAGCGUGACGGCUGAUGAGCUCAGCACCAUGGCCAUGGCCAUCGACAAGGCCCAAGGCAGCAUCACGAUGAUGCAAAUGGCCGGCACAGCCAGGACCCAUGAGAUAGGUAUGUGCACACCGCACACAUCACAUGUGUGUCUCUGGCCUCUCUCCGGCUCCAUUGGUUGGUGCAGGGGAGUGCGGGGUGAUUGAGUAUGACUACAAUAAGGUGACACACCGGCACUGCAUAUCCGGCUGGGUGUGCGUCAUCAAGCGGCGCAGGACCGACCUCAAGGGCAGCGUCGACGAGAAGAGGGAGGGCGAGUGCGUUUCCCACGCAGACAGGGAGAAGCAUUGCCGCGACAACACUGAUUUGGGCUUCAUCGGGUACGAAUCGCAUAGGUUCGACUCGCAUGUGUUCGAGGACAAGCGAACCUUCUAUUUUUGCUUGGGCAAGGAGUACGAGCUAGAGAGGGAGGAAAGGGAGGAGAGGGAGAGGAGAGACAAACGGUCUUAGUGAGGAAAACCAUCCAUCGGAUGGCUGGCACGGCAGACCACGACCAGGACGGCUUGCCUGCCUGACCUACACGUGAAUAGAAUAGUUACUCAUCGACAUCAUGUGUACAGCCGGCCAGGGAGAUUCGGGGCGGGGGGAAAGGUGUGCAAACGCCUUCGUGUGAGUGUCGUUCGUGAGAGUUCACGGUGGGACCCAAUGAGCGGAGCAAAUCAAGUUUUGAAGGUGUUA